AUGCCACCAUCACUACCACAACACCCCCACACAAAACAUAAACAAUCUCAUCCCAACAAUAAACAUGGUCCACAGCCACACCUACGACCUCACCGAGCAUCAACAGCCCUUGAGCAAUCAACCUUUUUUUCAUUAUCACCUUCAUUAGAUACUACAGACCCUGUGACACUUGCCUUUUUAGUACAAUCUGCGAUUGCUGGAACUAAAGGUGCACGCGUACUUGCAGAUACAGAAGUUCAAGAACUUAAACAGAAAUUGACAUUGGUUAAAGCGCGACAUCAUGACUUGGAACGUAAAAUGGGGUUGGAAAAAAAACUGAGAGAUGCAGCUGUACAUUUAUCUCAAUACCAUCAACAAAAACAACAACAACAACAGCAACAACAGCAACAACAUCAGCAAGUACAAGUCAGGGUGGAUAAGAAAGAAAUAGAAAAACAAGAAGAAGAACAAGAACAAGAAGAAAUUAAAACAACAACAAAACCAGCAGAUAAACGACUUUCAAGAUAUGCACUGGAAGAAGCGGCAGUAGCUGCCCGGAAAAUAGCAACUAUGGAGACAGAAAUGGCUGCUCUAGAAAAUAAAGCUUCUAUAUUACGUGCCACACUUAACACCCACGCGACUGCCAUUCUUGCACUUACACAUCCUGGAGCUAAUACAUCAGCAGCACGUGUGUAUGCACAACUGUUACACGAAGAAGAAGAGGAGGAGGGUGAAGAAGAAGAAGAAGAAGAUGAUGAUGAUGAUGAUGAUGAUGAUGAUGAUGAUGAUGAGUCUUCUUCUGAUGAUGAUGACAACACAAAGACAAACAUAAAUACCAAUAGAAACGUCAACAAUCAAUCUUUACAAGAUAGGAGGACUUUACGUACAGUCAAUAUGGCAUAUAUUUCUGGACUUAUUGCAAGGAUCCGUGCUGCAACUCCUGACCUUGUAUCAAAGCCCAAUGCCACUGAAAUUGAAAAUGAUGAUCCUAUUGAUACACUUACAAGUCUUAUAGACUCAUUAUUGCAACAACAUACAGAUUUAGUAGCAACUACAGCAUCAUCAUCUCCUAAUACAUCUUUUUCUUCAUCAUCAACAACAUCAACAACAACAGCAUCAUCUACUACACCUUCUUCUUCUUCGUUAUCAUCAUCACCAUUGUCUUCAUCAUCAUAUUGGCAGAAAAAAUAUGAUAUGGUCCAAAGACAACUCUCGAGUCUUGCACGCGAAAAUAAUGACUCUAAAAUCCGUUUGGAAAUGCAAGCUUUGGAAAUCAAAGACUUGGAAAAUCAAAAACAGUAUCUUCAGCAGAAAAUCAUUGACCGAUUACAAGAUCCCAUGAGUAUCAAGAUUCUACGCCAUGAGUUUCAAAAAUCUAUUUCCAAAGACUCUUUAAAAUAG